GCAUUCCGGGAAUUGUAGUCUCUGGGUGCUCCCGGCUGAACACCGCCCUGCGGUCUCUGCGAGAAAGAGCCAGAAGCCGCCAGGGGAGGGGGAAGAGGAGGGCGGCGGGGGACGCCUUGCGCGCGGUGCGCCAUGGGACGGGUAGUUCACGGCGCGCGCCCCGUCGCGCCCCCAGCUGGGUAACGGGACUGCCCUACCCGAGAGGCCGCGCGUGCGGGGCGAGGGCAAGCCGGCCUGGGCCUCGAACAAAUCAAAUCGAAGCAAAGAAACUGCCGGCUUUCAAAAUCCUCCUCCUCCGCCAUCAUCCGCCGCGGUGCGGAGAGCAGGUGGUGCUGGAAGCGCGUGAGGCCGGGAGCGCGAGAGAGCUGACAGACGAGCCAGCUGGACAUCUGGACCGCUGGACCCGGAGGUGGCGACCCCGGCCUGACCCGGACCCUAAAUCCGUCCCCGCCCCACCGGGCGGAGGCGCGUGCUCGGUUACCCCCACGCGGCGGCGCCGCCUGUUUACGGUAGAGUCAGGGUCCCUUUCCUUUCACAGUCACCUGCCUGGAAGAGGGGUGCGGGGCGAGGAGGGCGUGGCGCCCCUGUGCGCCUUCUGCCUGCUCCCUCGGCCUUCUUCACUAAGUCUUCGAUGGCCUAGCGCCCCGCGGUGGCGGUGGGAGUGGGGUUGUUGGGCGGCGCUGGCUCCUUUCACAAAUGGGGAAACCGAGGCUUAAAGGGCGUCUGACUCGCCGGAGCAGCUCAGCCUGCAGCUGCUAGCAGUGGCGUCUCAUAUUAGCAUCGUUGUCAACCGGAGGCGGUGCGAGUCCGCCGGGGAUUCCAGAUGGGUCUCCCGCGCCGCCCGCCUGUCAUUUGCGGCCUGUAUUCGCGAGUCGCUCCCGCUGCGCCGCCUCCCAACAGGCCCACGCCAACGGGGGGCCCGGGCUGGCGCCGCUGUCCCUGGAAUCGAUUCUGCAGAUCUCCAGGGGAGCCCACCAGCGUAGUCAGCAUGGCCUCGGAAGACAUUGCCAAGUUGGCAGAGACACUGGCCAAGACUCAGGUGGCCGGGGGACAGCUGAGUUUCAAGGGCAAGAGCCUCAAACUCAACACUGCAGAAGAUGCUAAAGAUGUGAUUAAAGAGAUUGAAGACUUUGACAGCUUGGAGGCUCUGCGUCUGGAAGGCAACACAGUGGGCGUGGAAGCAGCCAGGGUCAUCGCCAAGGCCUUAGAGAAGAAGUCGGAGUUGAAGCGCUGCCACUGGAGUGACAUGUUCACGGGGAGGCUGCGGACUGAGAUCCCACCCGCCCUGAUCUCACUAGGGGAAGGACUCAUCACAGCUGGGGCCCAGCUGGUGGAGCUGGACUUAAGUGACAAUGCGUUUGGGCCCGACGGUGUGCAAGGCUUCGAGGCCCUGCUCAAGAGCUCAGCCUGCUUCACCCUGCAUGAACUCAAGCUCAACAACUGUGGUAUGGGCAUCGGUGGCGGCAAGAUCCUGGCUGCAGCUCUGACUGAGUGUCACCGGAAAUCCAGUGCCCAAGGCAAGCCUCUGGCCCUGAAGGUCUUCGUGGCUGGCAGAAACCGUCUGGAGAACGAUGGCGCCACUGCCUUGGCAGAAGCUUUUAGGGUCAUCGGGACCCUGGAGGGUCACAUGCCACAGAAUGGGAUCAACCACCCAGGUGUCACUGCCCUGGCCCAGGCUUUCGCUGUCAACCCCCUGCUGCGGGUCAUCAACCUGAACGACAACACCUUCACCGAGAAGGGCGCCGUGGCCAUGGCCGAGACCUUGAAGACCUUGCGGCAGGUGGAGGUGAUCAAUUUUGGGGACUGCCUGGUGCGCUCCAAGGGUGCCGUUGCCAUUGCAGAUGCCAUCCGUGGCGGCCUGCCCAAGCUAAAGGAGCUGAACUUGUCAUUCUGUGAAAUCAAGAGGGACGCUGCCCUGGCUGUUGCCGAGGCCAUGGCAGACAAAACUGAGCUGGAGAAGCUGGACCUGAACGGCAACACCCUGGGAGAAGAAGGCUGUGAACAGCUUCAGGAGGUGCUGGAGGGCUUCAACAUGGCCAAGGUGCUGGCGUCCCUCAGGUAGGCGGCCCCAGAGGUCGGGGUCAGG